AUGAGGGUUCUUGCAUCCACAACUGAAUUAUUUUCAGUGGCCAGUGGCAAAGCACAGUUCAGAAUGAAUUGCUUGCAGUUGUCGAAUGGUGUUAAAAUUCCCCUUAUUGGCCUUGGCACUGGUGGCUUGGUAAGUGUCUUGAGUCAAUUACUUCUUAAGUAUUCCACACCAGUUGAAUUAGAGAAUGCAAUACGAACGGCGAUCGACAUUGGCUACAGACAUAUCGAUACGGCUGCGAUGUAUGAGAAUGAACACAUUACCGGCAAUGUUCUCGCAGAUUUGAUCCGAUCCGGUAAAAUUAAACGUGAAGAACUUUUCAUCACAUCCAAAUUGCCUCCAUCGUCGAAUCGUCCUGAUCUGGUGGAACCAACGCUGAGAGCAACGCUAAAGGAUUUGCAAACGGAUUAUGUUGAUUUAUAUCUGAUCCAUUCGCCUACUUCAACGAUGCCUUCACCAGAGGGAUUUAGAAUGUACAGUGGAGCGAAUCAAAUCCAAAAACACGAUCAUGUUGAUCUGACAAAAACAUGGCAAGCAAUGGAGAAAGUCUACGAGAAAGGAUUAGCGAAGGCGAUUGGCCUGUCGAACUUCAACGUAGAACAAAUACAGAAUAUUUAUCAUGCGGCUAAAGUGAAACCGCAUAAUUUGCAGAUUGAGGUGCAUAUAUAUUUCCCACAACGUGAACUACACACACUCUGCACAUCGUUGAAUAUUGCGGUAACUGCAUUCGCUCCAUUGGGAUGUCCAAGUAGACGCGGUAAGGAUGGAUGGCCUGAGAAAGUGGCCAUUGACAAUGAGAUAGUGAAGGAGUUGGCAAAGAAAUACGGCAAAACGCCGGCUCAAAUCCUUCUCAGGCAUUUGCUACAACGUCAGAUUGUUGUCAUUCCGAAAUCAACAAACGCCGAACGAUUACGCGAGAAUUUCAACAUAUUCGAUUUUGAAAUCUCAUCGGACGACAUGAAUAAGCUGAACCGUAUCGAACCACAAGGGCGAUUGUAUACGUGGUCCGGCUGUGGGUUAGUGGUGUAG